AUGGAAAACGGUAACUUGGAGGACAGGCUAUUCCAGGUCAACAACACUCCGCCACUCCCCUGGUUUGAGCGGAUUAGGAUCGCUUGGGAAGUCGCAGCGGCUCUUGUCUUCCUCCACAAAUCAAAGCCUAAACCGAUCAUUCACCGUGAUCUAAAACCAGCAAACAUCUUACUUGAUCACAACUUUGUCAGCAAAGUUGGAGACGUUGGACUCUCAACGAUGGUUCAAGUCGAUCAUUUAUCAACUAAGUACACUAUAUACAAACAAACAAGCCCUGUAGGGACGAUAAGUUAUAUGGAUCCUGAGUAUCAACGCACGGGAAUGAUAUCAUCGAAGGCAGAUGUAUAUUCGUUUGGAAUAAUACUUCUUCAGCUUCUCACGGCAAAACCGCCUAUGGCGUUGACACACUUUGUUGAGAGUGCAAUGGAUAGUGACGAUGGGUUUCUCAAGAUCUUAGAUCGGAAAGCGGGUAACUGGCCAGUUGAAGAGACCCGUGAGUUGACAGCAUUGGCUUUGUGUUGCACAGAGCUACGAGGGAAAGAUAGGCCUGAUUUAAGAGAUCAGGUUCUUCCGGCGCUUGAGAGCAUGAAAAGAGUAGGUGAGAAGGCAAGACAUUCAAUCUCCGGGGUGCCAACACAGCCUCCAACUCAUUUCCUUUGCCCCUUACUUAAGGACGUGAUGAACGAGCCUUGCGUUGCAGCUGAUGGAUACACAUAUGACCGUCAUGCGAUAGAAAAGUGGCUUGAGGAGCACGACACGUCGCCGAUGACUGAUUCACCCUUAAAUAACAAGGACCUUUUGCCCAACUAUACUCUUUUUACAGCCAUCAUGGAGUGGAGGUCUAGACUGAAGUAA